AUGUUGCCGCGACCAGGCUUCGACAAGGCCGGCAUCCUCGCUGCAGCCCUUGUUGCUACAGGUCGCCUCGUCAACGCUGGGCCCUGUGACAUCUACGCAUGCGGCGGCACACCCUGCGUUGCCGCGCAUAGCACCACUCGUGCUCUCUAUGGCGCCUACGCCGGUCCUCUCUAUCAAGUCUCCCGAGGUUCUGAUGGCACCAAAGUCGACAUUUUGCCGCUGAAAGCUGGCGGUGUCGCUCAUUCGAGCGUGCAAGACUCCUUCUGUGCUGGCACGACCUGCCUUAUCACCAUCAUUUACGACCAGUCGGGCCGUGGGAACCAUCUAACUCAAGCUCCGCCGGGCGGUGCUGCGAGAGGCCCCGAGGCCGAUGGUUAUGACUACCUGUCGAGCGCCAUUGGAGCACCAGUGAAGCUCAACAGCCAGAAGGCAUAUGGGGUCUUCAUUUCACCUUACAGUGGCUAUCGCAAUAACAAACCCAACGGCACGGCUGUCGGUGACGAACCGGAGGGCAUGUACGCUGUUUUUGACGGCACGCACUACAACACAGGCUGCUGCUUCGACUAUGGUAAUGCCGAAACCAACUCCCAGGAUCCUGGAAACGGACACAUGGAAGCCAUCUACUUUGGCACCGGUGAUGGUUCGGUCCGCGGCACUGGCUCUGGCUCCGGCCCUUGGAUCAUGGCUGACCUCGAAAACGGGCUAUUCAGCGGCUAUAGUCCUACCAACAACCCGGCCAACCCGACCAUAAACUACCGGUUCGUUACCGCAAUCGUCAAGGGGAAGCCGCAUCAGUGGGCCAUCCGCGGCGGCAAUGCUGCAUCCGGCACCUUGUCAACGUUUUAUGACGGCAUACGCCCGGCGAACGGUUACGAUCCGAUGAUCAAAGAAGGUGCUAUUAUUCUUGGCACAGGUGGUGAUAACAGCAAUUGGGCCCAGGGCACGUUCUACGAGGGAGUCAUGACCAAGGGGUAUCCAUCUGAUAAGACCGAGAACAAGGUACAGGCCAAUAUUGUAGACGCUGGGUACGCUGCUACAAGCUUGACCAGCGGCCCGGAGCUCACCGUUGGUUCCUCCGUCUCACUCAGGGCCACGACAGCGUGCUGCACGACUCGCUAUGUCACCCAUGAUGGCAAUACAGUCAAUACUCAAGUCGUCUCGUCUUCUAGCAGCGACGCCCUCAAGCGUGCAGCUAGCUGGACGGUGCGCACCGGGCUUGGCAACAGCGCCUGCUUCUCCUUCGAGUCAAAUGACACCCCCGGAAGCUUCAUCCGUCACGCUGGCUACCAUCUCAAACUUGAUCCCAACGAUAACACAAAGAUAUUCCACGAGGAUGCCACAUUUUGUCCUAUGGGUGGGCUCAACUCCCAGGGAAAUUCUCUGCGGUCCUGGAGCUAUCCUGCCCGUUAUUGGCGCCAUUUCAACGGGAUACUCUACAUUGCGAGCAACGGCGGGCCUUUCGCCUGGGAUAACACCGUAUCUUUCAAUGACGACGUGAGCUACGUCAUCAGCGCCGGCUUUGCCUAG